AGUUUUAGAUACUUAUUCUUACGAACUAACCUGUUUUCUUUUUGGGAUAUUUACUUCUUGGUUUUUUUUGAUGCAUAUUUUUUUCCUGUGGAAGCCCGUCAGAAUAAUAGCACAUCCUCUAGCAACCCAACUUUGAACGGUGAAAACAUUACACUUGUGUUCGGUUCAUGGGCAUAACUUUCGUCUGUCUAAAUUUCACUGGUCUGUAAAGUGCACUCGAUAUAAGGAAUAAUCAUAAAGCGAGAAAAAGUGUAUAACUAAUAUGUAAUCCCAUUGUCAAUUGAACAAGAACAAGAAACAUGCAGUUAAAUUACUAAACUGUGUAUUACCAUGCUAAAAUUUAACUGCAAUACUAGCCACUUGAUGUUUCAUUCGCUCUUCUUCAAUUGAGAUUCCAUACCCUGCACUUGAGCAACGUUUUAAACGCGCACACAAAAGGUCUAUGGCAAUUCGGGUUCCACUAAACGAUCUUGCGACAUGAUCUGUGAAUGGAAGCAGAAAUAAAAUUAAUGUCUCAGGUAUUGGCAUACACUUCUCUGAUACUACGGUAUUUUGAGUAAGAAUGACGAAUUGCCACUUUUUUUUCGCUGCCAACGGCUAUGGUUAUAACCCUUUGUUUGCUACACCGGCGUUUUGUGAAAAGAACGCGCAGGCUUUUGCGAGACUGGCCAGUGCUACUUUACCAGGCAACUGUGAAUCUUUGACAAAAAAAAAAUCAAACAAGUGUCGGUGCCAAUGGAAACAUCAAGUACCCACCCCAGUUCAAUUACUCUGGAUGUUCAAAGGGAACUAACAAAAUGUCUUUUUUAUCGUAAGUGGCUCAGGCUGUUAACAACUUCGGUACUGCUUCCCCUGUCGCUAUCGAAUUUUCUUUGGUCGGCGCUCUUAAGAAAGUAUCCCGAGUCUUUGGUGCUCCAAAAAUGUUACAUUAUAUGCUCACUGUUAACGGGUUUUGUUCAAUUCGUUUGCGAAGCAGUAGUAUUUUUUAGCAUGGCGAACCUAGAAGAACGUUUAAAAAAAUAUAACAAGACGGAAUACGAAUUGCCUCAAUAUGAAGAAACAUCUACCACGGCUAAGUCUACCAGUAUUGAACACGUGGAGGAAAACCAUAACGACGACUAUCUAAUACUGAAUGCUUUAAAUAGUCGCUUAAGCUAUAUAACGGGGUCUGGAUUAUUUACGCCUUAUAUUUAUCUUGUAUGGUGUUUAGGUUUAGAUACUUAUUCUUACGAACUAACCUGUUUUCUUUUUGGGAUAUUUACUUCUUGGUUUUUUUUGAUGCAUAUUUUUUUCCUGUGGAAGCCCGUCAGAAUAAUAGCACAUCCUCUAGCAACCCAACUUUGAACGGUGAAAACAUUACACUUGUGUUCGGUUCAAGGGCAUAACUUUCGUCUGUCUAAAUUUCACUGGUCUAUAAAGUGCACUCGAUAUAAGUAAUAAUCAUAAAGCGAGAAAAAGUGUAUAACUAAUAUGUAAUCCCAUUGUCAAUUGAACAAGAACAAGAAACAUGCAGUUAAAU